AUGGGUGUGGCUGGUUAAUUAGCAUUCUUCACAAACAAUGUCUAAAGGUAUCUAUCAACUGGGAGGGAUAUCUCUACACUCAGCUCCUGUAGUAGGAGAAUCAGUGUUCUUGUGGGGAGGGGACAGGCCUGACUUACCUCUUGUUCAUGAUUCCCCACAAAAGAGGAAAUUGUUGUCCACCAUUGAUAGACUGGAGUUUAGGACUGGUCGUUGGUCCUCUCACGUGACCAGAAGAACAACACCUCCUCUAGGACCUAUAGGAUCCUUCUGUACUACCAGAAACAAUGAAAUCUUCUUUUUUGGUGGCUACUGUGGACAUGACCUCUGCUUUCGUAAUGACGUAAACUCAUUUAACAGUCUAACAUAUGAAUGGAGUAAUAUAAUACCAACUCAGUGA